AUGGUCGCCGCGCCGCGCCGCACGUCCCACUCACAGACAGACCCUGGAGGUGCAGGUGUGCGAGGCGAAGCAGCAGUACUCUUCUGCCUCGAGAAACCUGGAGCGGAUAUCCGACGAGAUACACAAGCAUCGCUCGAGGCGGCAGUCGGCCAGACACAGACCCUGGAGGUGCAGGUGUGCGAGGCGAAGCAGCAGUACUCCUCGGCGCUGAGGAACCUGGAGCGGAUAUCCGACGAGAUACACAAGCAUCGGUCGAGGCGGCAGUCGGCGAGGAACGCGAUAGAAAUAGACCGAGCAUCAACAAUCACAGACUUAGCCAGCGACACCUCAAACGGCGUGCUAGAGGAGCUUUGUUCCCAAAGCACUGAUGCAUCUGUGCGGGAGUGGCUGCGGCGCGCGGCCGCCGAGCGGCCCGGACAGGAUGACACCUGGACGGAGAUAGACCUGGACUACUCUAGCCCUGAGGAGGUGAGCUUCGAAAAGUGCUCGCUGAGGCCUCGCUCGUCCCCUGACCAACCGUCACCGCCGAGCCCUGGCGACUCCAAAGUGUCCGCUGCGUCACCCCGUCGCAUAAUACGAAGUUCCAUGGACCGCACAGCGCUACUCCGGGCCGACUUGGAGAAGGCCGAAAAGGGCCGGCGGCAGUCCCUCGACGCCAUACUGCACGACACCGGGGAAAAGGUCAAGGAGAUCAAGGAGAUGUUCCAAGGUCUAUCGCUGUUCGGCGAGCGCGGCUCCCACUCCGCCCCCCGCACGCCGCGCCGCACCUCCCCCUCGCGCGCCCGCUCCUCGCGCAGCUCCGCGGACGGGAACUCUGACACCGACAGCCUGGCCAGUAUGGACAUGCUAACAGACGAGCAGAUCGCGUCCCUAAUGCUCGACAAACAACUCCAAGAUGUCUGCGAACGCCUCGCUGGCGUUGCCACCCGGCAACCACGCUCGCCACAAUCUCCUGAGGCGCGGUUUUGAACCCUACGUCUAUAGCAAUACGGUAUGAAAUACAACAAACAACUCCAAGAUGUCUGCGAACGCCUCGCUGGCGUUGCCACCCGGCAACCACGCUCGCCACAAUCUCCUGAGGCGCGGUUUUGAACCCUACGUCUAUAGCAAUACGGUAUGAAAUACAACAAACAACUCCAAGAUGUCUGCGGACGCCUCGCCGGCGUCGCCACCCGGCAACCACGCUUGACACAAUUUCCUGAGGUACGGUUUUGAACCCUACGUCUAUAGCAAUACGGUAUGAAAUACAACAAGCAACUCCAAGAUGUUUGCGAACGCCUC